AAAAUGCCAUCAAAAAUUAUUUUUUCUUGAUCGCUGACAGUCCUGACAGAAAUUUUGUCACUAUCUUGCGUCUUGGUUCGUACGAAAAAUAAAAAAUUUCGUGGCAUUUCAAUGUCUUUGUCUAAUGUGAAUCGAAAAUCCCUGCGGUUUGAUUGUAUUCGAGUAGUUUUCGUACGAGAAAUGUGAAAGGUUCACUCGAACGAAUUCAGUUCGCCGUCGGUACGUAUGAAAAAUUCAUAAAUCUGGUGGGUAUUUGAAUUUGUCGCUGGUAUCGAAAAUACAUCGAGUUUUUACGCUUCAAUUCGAACGUAAAUGUUCGACUGGUAUAGGACAGAUUACCCGAAUAUUUACCGGAGUAAAUGUGAACGAUCGAGUGCCACCAAGAGGACGUUAAAAUCACCACAGAUAUUUUCGAAAAAUAAUGUCAGGAGGGCAUUAUCCACCAUCGUAUCAUCAUAUUCAAUCCCCUCAAGAAUUCAUAUCUCCUAGACACCGAUUACCAGCGAUACCUCCUCAAGGGCCGACAUCUGCUCAUGCUCAUUCGUCACUCGCAUCUUGCCCAUCGUGGACAAAUAAGCACAAUUUCUCAAAUUAUCACGAAAACUCUUCGUUAUAUACUCAAACCACCGCCAAGAACUACUCACCGUCGACCAGAUCCUAUUACAAUGAAGAAUCCGGAUGGUCAGAGCGGAAUUCUCACAUGAAUUCCUCACAUCGUGCUAACUCGAACGAUGAUAAAUCGCGAAUCACGUACUCGAACGACGUACAACAAGAAUCCAUGGAUUUAUCAUCCGCUGCUCACGUACCAUCCACCGGUAAAACCCCUACCAAUGAUGCUGCAACCACCGUCCCUGUAAAUGGAAGCCCAGCUGCGCAAAGCUGCGAUGAAAAACCGUCCCUGAACGGAUCACCGGAUGAUAAAAAUACCCCCGAAGCUGCUUCGAAAACAGAACCAGUUAGUGUGAUAGCUGCAAACCCAUUACGUGAAACCCCCAGCCAAGAUGCCGAAAGCCAAGUUAAAGCUAAACUCGAAGCUCCAGCGCUGAAAUCCAACGAUACUGCCGAAUCAACGAAACCUAAACACGAACAAAGUAUAACGGCAGAUCGCGUCGAAUCGAUAUUAGAAACAAUGUUCCAUUCUGAUACGAAAUCAUCGACUAGUACUACGUCAUCAUCCGUUACAGUUAAUACUCCACCUUGUAAAACGCUCGAUUUACGGGGCGAAUCGGUGGAAAAAAUACUAAAAUCUCCUUCGCCGGUACACGGCGAUCAUCUAGAAAGUGAUUUAGGUUUGAAUUCGAGCGAAUUCGAAUCUACCAGAGAUUCGUCUACGAUGAAUAGCUUGGUGACCGAUGUUACUGUUACCAACGACACGAAACCUACUAAAGACGACCAUGACAAUUCGCCUAAGCCUUCGGACGACAGUAAUAUCGAAAAAUUAGAAAAAUUAGUUUCUAACAAGCAAAGUGAUAAUCAAAAGAUUCCAACGAAUUCGUCAAAAAUCGAAAACUUGGGUCUAGUAGAUGAUUGUGAUACUCCUCCGGUCAAGUCUAAAAGCAACACUGAACCGGCCACCGAUCUCAGCUCAGUGAAAACUGAACCGAAAGAAGCGCCGAAUUCAUCCUCCAAGAAAGAUACCGCCGUUUCGGCCAAGAAAUCCGACACGAACAAAGAAGUUCCUGCUAAAAGUAAAAACCGUAAAGAAGAAAUCACCUACGUUCAAGUAGAAAGCGAACUCGAAAAAAUGUUCGCCGGUAUCGAAGAUAUUUCAAUGGAUCCGGUCAAAUCGAUACAAGCGGACGAUUCUUCGAAACGGAAUCCAGCUCCGAAAACUACGAAUUUGUCGUCGCAUUCUGCAGCUAACGAUAUUCAAGCGAAACCAGUGAAGAAGAAGAGUUCCAAGAAAUCGAAAUCCGCUUCGACGAAAAAAGAUGCGAAAAAGCAUUCGAUCAAUUCUAAAGAUACCUCUACGGAUAGUGUUAGUUUUAAACGAGUUCCUGUGAUACACGUCGAAGGUUCCAAGGAGAAUCCAAUCAACGUGCAAAUUAUUAACAGUAUUAAAUUAGAAGAAGACGAUAUCUCCGAUGCGAAAACCGCCGCUAAACGAAAACAAGGCAAAUGUGAUAAAGCUAAUAAACGACUGGCAGCUGCCUACAGCGUGAAAAAUUACGAUCCGGAGGCUUCGGACGAUUCGUGGAUGUGUAUAUUCUGCAAAUUAUCAGCUCAUAGUCCCGGAUUAGCUGGUGAACCAACUGGCGAUCUGUUCGGUCCGUAUUUUAUUCAAACUUGUAGCGAUAGUGAUUCCAAAAGACAUUCGAGAAAGACUGAUCAUUUGACUGAGCCGAUUAAGAAAAAGCAGAAACGAUCCGUAUCAAUAGAAAGCAAUCACGCAUCAACCAAUUUAUCCGAACACAACAAAUCCAUGGAAAUCUGGGCUCAUGAAAACUGUUUCAUUUGGGCAUCUGGUAUACAUCUAGUUGGCUCCAAGUUGGUUGGUCUGGAAGCAGCAGUUUUCGAAGCACUACAAACUAUCUGCGCACAUUGUGGUGAAAAAGGAGCCAGUAUAGGAUGCCGAGCCAGGCAUUGUAAAUCAUUCGUUCAUUAUAGCUGUGCUUUAUACACUGGUUGGAACCUGAACCCGGAAACUUUUAUUGCUGUGUGCUACCUUCAUAAAGGUACCAAAACUCAGUGAGGAUGCUGUUUCUGAUUACCAUUGUACUUCUACCUACUCAAUAAUAUGCUUAAAUAAACGUGAGAUUACACGGAUAAGUUUCUAUAAAUACUAAUAAUUUAUUAAAACGUAAAUUUCUUCUGUACAUAAAUAUACAUACUACACAUAUAGAUCUACACUCGUUACGGUGGAGAAAAACUUACCUAAUUAAUAAGACGACGAAAUUGUGAUAAUUUCACGCAGGUAUUCAAUUCCAUUAUUUUUUCCCCCUUUGUACGAUAGUCCUUUAUUCUCAUCAUCAACGAUAAGAUGCAGAUUUGUUUUUUGUAUCAGGUUAUACGUUAAAGUCGUAUAAAUAGGUAUCUAAAACAAUAAUAAUUUUUUUCUAAACGAUUUCAAAGUCCGGAAGAAAAAAAGCUAGAGGGGGAGGGGAGGUUAAAACGUUAAAGCAAUAAUUUUGUCUGCUGGAGUGAAUGUACGUAUUUUUAGCAGCAUAAAAUAUUUAGAAACGAAUCUCAUCGAUGUACACGUAUUAAGAGUCGAGCAAAGGAUUACAUCUAGUCAUUUUUUUAAACUGAGGUGAGCAAAACUCCCACGGAGAGAAAGAAUUGGUAAUAUUUUAAUCGAGGUUUUAUCGAAUGAGCUAUUUUUUAAAAAAUUAUACCUAUAAUGAAUGUUACUGUACUACCUACGUUUUUUUUAUAAUCAAGUUGAGAAUUCGUAAUUUUACAGUGUUUUUAGUUGAUAGUAUUUUAGCGGAAAUGUGCCAAGAGUUUGCGAGUUAUCUCGAGUAUUAUGAUAUCGAAUAAAGUAUUCGUAUUGUAAAAGUGAAGUAUGCUACUCGUAAAGUGUAUUUUUGUACGUACUAUAGCCAAAUUUCUAAAUGGAGUUGUGUGAAUUGAGCAGAUUUGUGUAUGUAAUCGCAAUAGUAAAGCUGACGAUGAAAUAUUUUGAAACGCUUUUUUAAAAAAUUGUAUUUUUAACGAAGAUAAUAUUUUUUUCCUCUGUUUUUUUAAGAAGAUUUUUUUUUUGUACAAAAAGUGAAUUUGUUUCUUGUUUUUCUCUUUCCUUUUCUCCCCUUGUUCGAAUACAUUGGUUGACGAUGUAUCGACAAACCUGUUACCAAAUUCCUAUAAACGCUUUUCGAAGUAUUCCUUGUAACAAAGUUUUAAAAAUUUACAGUUUACUUACUUAAUUAAUUAAAAAUGAUUAUGUUUUUUUUUUUUUUUUAAAUUUUAUUUAAGUACGUAUGUAAAUUAUUAUGGUUGUACAUUUGUUCAUUUUCCUGUUUAUAAGGUAUUUGAUAAACGUAUCUACGAUAAAUAUACCUUUUUUUCUUUUUCGAUA